ACAGGGUAUGAUACUGUUGGAAUCCAUUUGAACCCGAGGUACUCGGAUCACUGUGUGGCUGGCGAUCGGGCUUCAUCCCUUUUUAUGUGACGUCAUCGAACGCGAAAGAUUGCUAAAGCCUGUCCGUACCAGUUCAUCGAAGUCACCGACAAGUAUACGACAGCGUUUCGCUUCGUCCCGUGCAAUUGAGACAAGUCCAUCGCUUGCUGCAACCUCGAAAUACAUUGCGGCAUACAGCAUCGAAGUUGACGUUCCAAGCAGCAGUGCGCGCGUUCUCGAGCGGAGCCGAGGCUGCGUGAAAGAGUCUCUGCUAGUGGAGUAGCGAUCGCCGCUCAGUCUCGCGAGCACGAGAUAUAGCGUUGUUUGGGGGACUCGUACUCUCACGGACUUCGUCUGCGCCUUGUCUUGGAUUUAGCUGUAGCGCUCUCGCUUUCGCACGGUCGUAUUAUAACGACCGCUGGGCUUUUAUCACCGUACUCGCAAUAUUCCGGGGACCGAGCGUCGGAAGAGCCGCCCUAUACACAAUGGGACAAGUUGCGUCGCGCAGCAUUGUCAAAGACGCGGCUCGCACCGUCCGUGCCGCGAGGAUCGGCAACCAGAGAUCGCCUGCUGCCUCGUAUUCGACCAUCGCUCAACGGGAGAUCGGCGUUCUCGGAAUUCCGCUUCAUCAGGGUCAGCGAAAGCUUGGAGUCGAAGAGGCACCGAAGUUCCUGCGUGACGCUGGACUGCUGGACCAGCUCAGAGGUUUAGGUCAUCUUGUCAAGGAUUUCGGCGAUGUUCGAGUGGAAGGUGAGCCAAACGUCACCGACUGCAACGCUAUCGAGUCGGACGUCGUGGGAAAAACCAGCAAGAACGUCCGCGACGCCGUGGCCGAGGUACUUCGCUCGGGUCGCGUACUGCUCAACCUGGGCGGCGACCACACCAUGGCCAUAGGCACGGUCAACGGCCACGCGCAGGCCACGCACUCGGACCUCGCCGUCAUCUGGGUGGACGCGCACGCCGACAUCAACACGCCCACUUCCUCCGAAUCAGGCAACAUCCAUGGCAUGGCCGUCGCAUUCCUGUUGCACGAGAUGGCACCGUACAUCGUGAAACCCAAAGGGUUCGAGUGGAUACAGCCAUGCGUCCACAAGGAGAACUUUGCGUUCAUAGGUCUGAGGGAUGUGGAUAACUAUGAACGGCACUUCCUGGACCAGCUCGGUAUAACUGUCUACGACAUGGCUGACGUAGACCGGCACGGGAUCAGAAACGUCGUCCAGAGAAUACUCAACAAGAUCAACCCUACAGGGACGAAGUCCCUGCACGUCAGCUACGACAUCGACUCCCUCGACAAGUUGGUGGCGCCCAGCACGGGAACACCUGUCAUGGGAGGUCUCACACUUCGAGAAGGAUUAAUCAUCGCGGAAGAAGUCAGCAACUCGGGUCAGCUGAGGGUUCUGGACCUGGCCGAAGUGAACCUGAGGCUGGGCAGCAAGCAGGACGCCGAGAACACCCUGGACUGCAGCCUCAAGGUGGUCGACGCGUUCUUUGGCAGUCAGCGCCGCGGAAACCUGCCGCUUCAUCUCGACAAGAAUAUUGUCGACCCGCACCACGUAUCCUAGUUUAC